AUGGCAUCUUUUCAUAUCCGCAAGUACAGGGAAAGCGACCGCAAGUGGGUGCUGGACUUAUUCUCCCAGGGGAUACUUGAGCAAGUCCCCACCACCUUCUGUCACCUGCUGAAGCUGCCGCGAACCCUCGUGCUCAUAGGUGGGGGGCCCAUCUCCCUCGUCCUGGUCUCUGGCUCCUGGCUCCUGGCCCUCACGGCCACCCUCACCCUCCUAGCUGUCCUGUGGUUCCUUGCCAGGUAUCCCUGGAAGCAAUAUGAAGUCUUAAGUUUGUGCACAGACAUGUCUGACGUCACCAAGUCCUACCUGAGUGAGCAUGGUUCCUGCUUCUGGGUGGCUGAGUCUGAGGAGCAGGUGGUGGGCAUAGUGGGAGCUCGGCCCGCUGGGGAACCCACCUCGCAGAAGAAGCAGUUGGAGCUGCUGCACCUCUGUGUGGCCUUUGAGCACCGUCAUCAGGGGAUAGCAAAAGCCCUAGUUAGGACUGUCCUCCAGUUUGCCCGGACCCGGGGCUACAAUGAAGUUGUCCUUGUAACGUGUAUCUUGCAGCAGUCUGCCCUAGCCAUCUACCAGGGCUUGGGGUUCCAGAAAACUCGCCAGUAUUACUCUUCUCUGAGCAUGAGGCUAGUGGCUGCUCCUCUAAUUGAUUUAGUCUGUCACCUCCCGUGUGAUCAGGGAGGGGGCCUGUGA